CUGAAAACGACUAGAUAACUUGUGUUCAUUGCAAAAACUGUACAACUGGAUGGUGAACAGCCAGCUCCAGUAAUUUUGAUGCCACGGGCAGGACAGAUCUAAGUCGAUUAUUGUCCAUAUCGGUAAACACUCCUCUUUUAAAAGUGGCGUAACCCUUGCGUGUUUCCAUCCCUGCGGCAUGGAUCCACAAGUUUUCAUUUUAAGUGCAUUUGAAGGAGUGGUCAUGCUGCUUGAUUGGGCACCUAAAACAACCACUCUUAGGAUUCAGAGUAUUAUCAAACCCAGAGCUAAUUACAACUAGAGGAAUUUAAUUUUAUCAUAAUAACCCAUGAUUUACUUGUCUGCAGAAAGGAAUGGGAACAAGAAGGAACUUGGCAGAAGAAAAUGACUGGCUGCCAUGGAGAGAAAAAGUAUGUUAAUUGUUUUUGUAGUUGCUUUUUGCAAUGAUGCAUCAUUGCAUGGAACUGAUAAGAUUUUAAACUUGAAAUUGAGACAAUCAUUUUGGGUGAGGCAGUCCUCACCUAUAUGAAUGCUACAAAUAUAGCAACAUUCCUAGCAGAGGUUGAUUGGUAACAUACAGUACAUCCCAAAUCCCUCCAGGCUUUGGAUUGAAACUGUAUAACUGUUUAAUUUUUAGGAGGAGGAGGAGGAAUUACUCAAGGGUGAAGGAAAUGGUAUGGCAACAAGGUGUACAGUGUCAGAAACUGCAUCAGAGACAAGCUCCUGUAUUAAUUCAGCAGCACAGGUACAUAAAUAUUAUGUUUAAUGGUCAAUAAAAAGCAGUGGUGAAUUUCACAAGUAGAUUGAAAGGUAACAUCAAAUUACUUCAAUUUAUUUGUAUAUCUACUUGUUUAAUAAUUAUCCAAAUAAACCAUCAUCUAUGUACAUGUAUAUAUCAUGAAAUAUUCGGACAUACAUGUAUGACUGGAUCCAUAAGUUUUCAUUUUGAGUGCAUUGUGAAUGAGUGGUCAUGCUGCUUGAUUUGGCACCUAAAACAACCACUCUUAGGAUUCAGAGUAUUAUCAAACCCAGAGCUAAUUACAACUAGAGGAAUUUAAUUUUAUCAUAAUAACUUAUGAUUUGCUUUUCUGCAGAGAAAGAACUCGGCAGAAGAAAAUGACUGGCUGCCAUGUAGAGAAAAAGUAUGUUAAUUGUUUUUGUAAUUGCUUUUUGCAAUGAUGCGUCAUUGCAUGGAACUGAUAAGAUUUUAAACUUGAAAUUUGAGACAAUCAUUUUGGGUGAGGCAGUCCUCACCUAUAUGAAUGCUACAAAUAUAGCAACAUUCCUAGCUGAGGUUGAUUGGUAGCAAACAGUACAUCCCAAAUCCCUCCAGGCUUUGGAUUGAAACUGUAUAACUGUUAUCUACUUGUUUAAUAAUUAUCCCAAUAAACCAUCAUCUAUGUACAUGUAUAUAUCAUGAAAUAUUCGGACAUACAUGUAUGACUGGAUCCAUAAGUUUUCAUUUUGAGUGCAUUGUGAAUGAGUGGUCAUGCUGUUUGAUUGGGCACCUAAAACAACCACUCUUAGGAUUCAGAGUAUUAUCAAACCCAGAGCUAAUUACAACUAGAGGAAUUUAAUUUUAUCAUGAUAACUUAUGAUUUGCUUUUCUGCAGAGAAAGAACUUGGCAGAAGAAAAUGACUGGCUGCCAUGUAGAGAAAAAGUAUGUUAAUUGUUUUUGUAAUUGCUUUUUUCAAUGAUGUGUCAUUGGAUGGAACUGAUAAGAUUUUAAACUUGAAAUUUGAGACAAUCAUUUUGGGUGAGGCAGUCCUCACCUAUAUGAAUGCUACAAAUAUAGCAACAUUCCUAGCAGAGGUUGAUUGGUAACAACAGUACAUCCCAAAUCCCUCCAGGCUUUGGAUUGAAACUGUAUAACUGUUAUCUACUUGUUUAAUAAUUAUCCAAAUAAACCAUCAUCUAUGUACAUGUAUAUAUCAUGAAAUAUUCGGACAUACAUGUAUGACUGGAUCCAUAAGUUUUCAUUUUGAGUGCAUUGUGAAUGAGUGGUCAUGCUGCUUGAUUGGGCACCUAAAACAACCACUCUUAGGAUUCAGAGUAUUAUCAAACCCAGAGCUAAUAAUAACUAGAGGAAUUUAAUUUUAUCAUGAUAACUUAUGAUUUGCUUUUCUGCAGAGAAAGAACUCGGCAGAAGAAAAUGACUGGCUGCCAUGUAGAGAAAAAGUAUGUUAAUUGUUUUUGUAAUUUCUUUUUGCAAUGAUGUGUCAUUGCAUGAAACUGAUAAGAUUUUAAACUUGAAAUUUGAGACAAUCAUUUUGGGUGAGGCAGUCCUCACCUAUAUGAAUGCUACAAAUAUAGCAACAUUCCUUGCAGAGGUUGAUUGGUAACGUCCAUUACAUCCCAAAUCCCUCCAGGCUUUGGAUUGAAACUGUAUAACUGUUAUCUACUUGUUUAAUAAUUAUCCAAAUAAACCAUCAUCUAUGUACAUGUAUAUAUCAUGAAAUAUUCGGACAUACAUGUAUGACUGGAUCCAUAAGUUUUCAUUUUGAGUGCAUUGUGAAUGAGUGGUCAUGCUGCUUGAUUGGGCACCUAAAACAACCACUCUUAGGAUUCAGAGUAUUAUCAAACCCAGAGCUAAUUACAACUAGAAGAAUUUAAUUUUAUCAUAAUAGCUUAUGAUUUGCUUGUCUGCAGAAAAGAAAAGCAACAAGAAAGAAGUUGGCAGAAGAACAUUACUGUGUGCAAUUUAGAGAAAAAGUAUGUUAAUUAAUUGUUUUUGUAGUUGCUUUUUGCAAUGAUGCAUCAUUGCAUGGAACUGAUAAGAUUUUAAACUUGAAAUUGAGACAAUCACUUUGGGUGAGGCAGUCCUCGCCUAUAUGAAUGCUACAAAUAUAGCAACAUUCCUAGCAGAGGUUGAUUGGUAACAUACAGUACAGCCUCUCUUAGGAUUCAAAGUAUUAUUAAACCCAGAGCUAAUUACAACAAGAGGAAUCUUUUUUGUUAUAAUAACUUAUGAUUUGCUUUUCUGCAGAAAGAAAUGGGAACGAGAAAGAACUCGCCAGAAGAAAGUGCCUGUUUGCAAUGUAAACAAAACGUAUGUAUGUUAAUUAAUUUUUUUACCCAUCCAAAAGAUAAGAUUUCAUGGGUAAUGAUUGUUUGAAAUUUUGAAAUUUCAAACAACCAUUUUGGAUGAGGUAGUCCUCCCCUCUACAAACACUGCAAAUAGUAAAAAACCAAAGGAUGAAUGAAACAAUAUUUUUACUUUUGAUAGUGCUACAUUUUUUCCGCACUAGUGGACUCUAGCUGGAAGUAUUUUUUUUAAAGUUUGAAGUGUUUUACUCCUUCAGUGCUGAGGUGGAUUGCUAAAAUAAAUCUCAAAUCCUCCCAGGCUAUUGAUUGAAACUGUUUAACUGUUGCAUUGUAGUUGAAGGGGGAGACAGUACACAAGAAAGAUGUUGAAGCAUCGCGGAUGAGAAUACCCUCAGAAGAAGCCAUGAGUGACUGCAGAACAGAGGACGAAGUACAGAACAGAAAAAAAGAAUUUAAGAGAGUGAAUCCAGAUAUAAGAACAGCUGAAGGGAACGAGGUUCAUGGCCAAAAACUGGGAAAUCGUAGCUCGAAGGUUCAGUACAGUGAUCUUAAACUAGACAUGAGGGUAGGGAAAGGGGCCUUUGGAGAAGUUUGGAAAGGAAAUUUAGGUGGCAUUGAGGUUGCUGUAAAGAAACCUCGAAAAAACUCAUCUGAUGUGCAGAAACUCUUUGAGCAAGAAUUUAAGAUUAUUUCUCAGCUUGAACACCCGAAUGUGGUGACAUUUAUUGCUGUUGUAGUUGAUGUUGAUGGACCACCAUGGAUAGUCCUGGAAUAUGGCGACAGUGGCUCCCUGCAAAAACUUUUGAAGGAGAGACUUUUGAGACCCUUUGAAGUAUUCUCCUUUGCUUAUGAUGCAGGUUGUGGCCUCUCAUAUCUACAUAGCCGCCUUCCGGUUCCGAUUCUUCACCGGGAUAUUCAUCCUGGUAAUCUACUCCUAUUUAAAUUCAACACCCCCCCAGGUAAAAAGCUUAAACUUUGCGACUUUGGUAACGGAAGGUCUUGGGGCAGUAUCAUGACACCUGAUCUAGGAGCACCGCACCUCAAUGCCCCAGAGACAAGAACGCAUCAAUACACAACAAAAGUAAGAGAAAUGUUUCUGCUUCGAUCAUGCUUCUAUUGUAAGGCUGUCUUUGCAUUUUGUUGGUGCGACCGCUAAGACUGCUUAGAAAGAACGUCGGGUGUCCCUGGGAUUUGUUGGAGAUCCCAGAGACAGCGAACAUUAGGAAAGAAGUUUUUCGUCAACCGAGUGUCAAGUCAGAAUUGCUCAUUCUUUUGUUUGUUAUCCUCGCAAUCGCAGCAAUCCAGUCGUAACCAGGCUGAGAAAUACUACUUUCCAUUGGUACUUUUUAGCUAACGAAGUCGGCAGAAAAUCUCAGAGAAGUUUUAAAUUGAGUAUCAAAGAAAAUCCGGGAUGAUAUUGAAUUCUACUUUUCUUGACUCAGUGACUGGUCUGUUUCAAAACAAUUAUUAAUAUGUCGUAUCAGAUAGUUAGUGUGAUUUGCCUUAUAUUUUCCAGCAACACCAUUGUAGAUAAAUAGUGAAUUAUGAAGUUUGCAGAUGUCGGAUACAUUCCCUAUAUUUAGGUGAAGACGUGAAGUUCCUUACAUACUCCACACUACCCUUUACAAAAAUAAGCACAACUGCAUCUACCUUUGACAAUUAAUGGGUACUUUUCAUUUGCAAAGGAGACUAAUAGUACCUAUUAAUGUAUGUACCUAUAACCACCAGUAACCAUAUGCUCUUUUUGGGUGCUUUUUUUAUUCUAGGCUGAAGUGUAUAGAUUUGGGUGGGUGCUGUUUAACAUGUUGCGCAAAUCUGAGUGGCCUGAUUGUGAAGAACUAAAACGUCAGGUGCAAGAAGAAUUGCAGCAACUGAUAAAUUGGUGCAGAGAACAAGACGCAGAGUUACGACCAGGCAUGCAAGCAGUGGUUAAAGAGCUGAAGAAAAUGAAAGAACAUUACAUUACUUUUCGGGGACAAGUAGAGCGAAAUCCAGUGGAAAAGUAUGUAAUCACUGAAACAAGCUUCAAUGGACAUUGAUGUUGCAGACCGAAUGGUUUGUCAUGUAAUAAUGUUUAUCACAUAAAUAGCGGUGUUAUACAAGGAUUUCCGGCCUUGAGAAAACCUGUAACAACACACGUGGAAAAAUAUCGUAUUUUACACGUGUGUUGAUAUAGCUAAUCAGCUGCUUACACGUCACUAGCUUUUGGCGCCACUCGGUCAGGUUGAUGAAUGAAUGGCAAAGCCUUCACGAUUCUCUUGUUUUUGUAAUCAUGAUUCAACGCAUUUUUCCAUCUUAAGAGUCAGCGCCAAUGCACUCCACGAUUGUUUUUCGAGGAUUGUCGAUUCAUUUAUUUUCAUUCAUUAAUGAAGUCGGCUUUUCUUUCCAGUAAAGGGCUAUUGUGUUUAUAUGAUAAACAAACUAAUAAAUGGUUGCUUGUAGAUAUGGAAUUUCUCUUCUCGUGUUCAACUUGACAUCUCACUCGUUCGCUGCGCUCGCUCGUGAGCUAUCGAGUUAAACAUUCGAAGAGAAAUUCCAUAUCUACGCGCGCCCAUGUAUCAUUAGCUUUAAAUCGCAUCUUUUUUCCCAGCCAAUGAACAGGCCACACUAAAAACAAAACAACCAAUCAGAUUUCAAGGCUUGUUUAAAGUAACUAAUCAAAUUGCGGGAAAGUGAAAGACAAAGAGUAUCGUAGGGCAAAUUUUGCUACUUUUAUUUCCAAAACUCUGACUUUUUCCUCUCAAAAAAAUGGAUUAAUUUAAUUUCAAACCGGCUCAGUACUGCAUCAAUAAAAUAUUUGAACUGGCCAAGUCCUGUAUUUGGGCGAUUUCAAAAUGGAUGUAAUAAAGUGGUAAUUGAACCUCGCGUCGUGCAAUUUUGGUCUGAAAUCAUACUUGUGAUUUCAAAUCGAACUCGCGCUGCGCGCUCGAUCGACUUUGAAAUCACGCGUAUGAUUUCAGCUCAAACUGCACUCCAUUCAGUUCAAUUACCAUAAUUAAUCAUUUCUCUGAAGGUAUCAGGUUGUUGAAAAAAACAAAAGCAAAAACAAAAACAAACAAAAAAAAACAACCAAAUGUAGAAAUACACAUUAAUGGUAAGAUUAGCACUUAGAGCAUUUAUAUUAUCAUAAACAAGGUGUUAGGUGUUAGGUGCGUUUUUUAAGAUAGGAUUUUAAAAAGUCAAAUUUUAACUUACUAUGAAAAUCACAAAUUGUAGGUUUAAACUUAAUAAGUAGUGUCUUUUUUUGUCAUAUUUUUGGUACAUUUUGAAAAGAAAUUUUGUUUUCUUUCUAUUUUGUGUUGUCAAUUUUUCAGCUGAUUUUCUUUCUUUAGCAAUGCCAAUAGAGGUCGUCAGUUGCUUCGAUUUCUGAAACUGAAAUGUUGCUAUUUUUCAGCUAAAGAUGGUGGGAUCAAUGAGUUUCUUAGCGUAUUUUACUUUUAAAAAAGUUUGUUUCUGUUGUUAUUUUUAAUAUAAGUUAAGUAUCGAUUUCAAUUGGUUUGCACGGUCAAACGUGGCUUCAAAAGCAGUCGUUGAUCCUGUGUCAAGUAUUAGUGCAAGUUUUAAAUUGAGUGUCGUAGGAAAUCCGGGAUUUCAUUGGGUUUACUCUUCGUUGUUCUGUGAUUGGUCAAGAAGACCCUCGCCAUUUUCCCCAUCAAUCGGUCGGAUGCAAACCCGAAACCAAUCACGACUUGGUCACACGCGUUUUCCCGCGCUUCAAGCCGUUUGGCUAUUCUUACUUUUAGUUCUCAUCGGCUCCUUGCAUUUUUUACCUAUGUUCUGAUUGCCUACUUUAAUAACGAGGGGUUGGUUUCACGACACUCAAUUGAAAGGUGCUCUACUUGUAUGAGGAAAAAUUGAAUUUAUAAUUAAUCAAUAAUCGUGUUUCAAACCGUCAAUUAUUGAAUUAAAUGUAUCACUUAAUAAAAACAGGUAAAAAAAAUAAAAAAUAUAUAUUACAAUUCAAAAAAAUUUUUUGGGAGGUGUGGACUUCAAAGUCACUUUCUUUUAUAACAAAUAGGUUAGAAUGUAAAGAGACACUGAAGUCUCUUUAAAAAAAAUUACAUAGGG